UUUGUUGUGUUUCAGAGCAGCAACCCUGACUUCCUGUCCACUGUGGUGCUGGGGGGCGAGAAGGACGGCGGUGUCGCUACAGGAGCUGUGGACGCGGCAUGUCGCGUGCGCAUCGUGGUGCGUCGGAUGCUCGAGCCUCUCUCCUGCACCUCCACUGUCAUCGGCAGCGCCUCCACGACGGUAGGAGCGGUGAGCAGCGCAGGCAGGCUGCGCCUGACGCUCGUGUCCCUGGCUGGGGAGACGUCAGGCUUCGUGACGCUCACGUGCUGGGCUGCUGACGGUGACGCUGCUGGGGGCGUGGACGCUGCUGCUGCUGCUCAUGUCCUGCACACCCUCCAGGGCACCCCUACACACGCCAGCACCGUCACUGCCGCACAUCACCGACGCACUCAGUCGCUGCCACCGCGUCUGAGUUCAAAAAGCAGACCUCCUCAGCCACCGGUGCUCUGUCCUUUCCAUACGAACCCCUCAACCGCCACCUACCGGUUCCAUUCUGGACUGGGCGGGGACAUCGCUGUUGUUGAGAUCAUGGCGGAGAGCAGACUGUCCCUAACGCUGCCACAGCAGCUGUUGAAGAUUUGGCAGGGCGCCGAGCGAGCGUGGCAGGAAGAGCUCGAGGCGCUCGGAGAACUUUCGGAACCCUGGGCUAGUCGACAGCGCGCUCUCGUCGCCAUGCAUGCUUCCAGAAACCAACUGUACGCUGACGCAGCGUCAGCUCUGGCAGCAUGCGUGGCUAAAGGGCAGAACUUCAAGCGCAGCGCCGACAAGGAGGACCCGCUGCUCGAGUUCGCGCCCAUCAACCUGCACCUGCAGCGCAUGUGGGCCCAGAACGAGACUCUCAAGAGGACGGGCUUCCAUGACGUCCACACCGUCGGCGCCUUCGCUGCUAACGCCCUCGGCUGCGGUCAUGGCGGCCUCCUUACGCAGCUGCAGGACCAUAGCAGGCGAGACCGCGGCGAGGCGAGCAGUCGAGCUGACUGCAGUAGAGCAGGCGUUGAGAGCACCCGUCGCCUGCGGUCUGCUCUGGCGGCGAGCCUCAACUCUCUGCUGGGGGCCCUGAAGCGGCAGGCCUACCACGACCUGCAGUCGCAGCUUGCUGAUGUCCAGGAGAAGAUCGAUCUGCUGCUGAGUGCACUUGAGCAAGAUGUUGUCGAAUCUGCCUUUGAUUUCUUAGACCAAAUCAAGAUACCUCAAAGUCCCUCCCACUUGGUGACGUUAGCAUCCAGAAAUUUUUCUGUGCACUCGAACCUAUCAGGUUAUCUCAGUCCUGAGUCUUCGUUGGACAAAACCAUAGGGCAGCACCUACGGAGACCUCAAGAGGACCAACUCGCUCACGCCGGCACAGCCUCGGACGAUACUGGACGCGGUGACGUAGAUCUUCAGCGUAGACGUGAUACGGCCUUCGACAGGACUCCUGAUGUGAGACUAACACGCGCUUCAGGCGCAGGAAUGUGCCUUAACGAAUGUGCCUCAUCCUUUGACAAUGAAGGGAUAGUGGAAGCCAAGUAUUACUGUGCUACUGAUGAACCUGAGCCCUGGGACCUGAUUAAACUCAAUUUACAAGCUAGCUUCAUAUGUCUUUCAUCUAAGGUAAAUGCCAUCUGUAAUAGCUACAACCAGAAAAAAGAAUGCCGGUGUCCGCAAGACGGAUUGGCUCCGCUAGCCAAAAUAGACGGGUUAAGUGAAAUCAGCGCGGCGUCGUGCGACGCUCUCACUGCACAAACAACUUCUGCUGAUGUCUCACCCACGGAGGAAGACAGCGGCAUCGGCCUUGAAAGGAACACUCCAGACAUUGAAAGAAGGCUAAGCAGUGAUGCCGCAACCUCAAAGUCCGGGUUCGCGGGUGCGACUUCUGUUAAUAUUUCUGGGCAACCCAGGGAUUUAACAAAUGCGAUUUCCAUAGCUCAAGUUUUAUACACAGCGCCACAAAGUGGCAUGCUUCCAGGAAAUUCAUCUGAUGGAUCUACUAGUCUUAAUGCCUCAUUUGAAAAACAAAUUAUUAAUACAUCUAAUUGUUCUACCGAUGAAAUUGGUAUUAGAAAUAAGCUCUCUAGUAUUUUAGAAGCUAGCAAAGAGAAUAUCCAUGACAACGAUCUUGUCUCAUCUAAUUGUUCAAGAGAUAUUGCUUCUCAGCUAGUCAACCCAUCAUCUACUGUUUCUAUAUUGAAUGUCUGCAACGAAGCUGUGGACAAUUGUUCGGCGGCCAAAGACUCUCGGGAGCUUUCUUUUGUGUACGUUAAUCAUGACAUUGUUUCCACGACAGACGCUGCUAAAAACGCUGAUGGAACCAUGUAUCCUCUUGAUUGCCAGACUAAAUUACAAGGCAGUGCCGUUCCAAGUGGCAAGCAUUCCACGCAUUUUAUAUCAUCUCUUCGAGAUUCGCGUUCCAUGCAUGCUAGUGCUGAGAAUGGCGUUACACAAGGUUUAGCCCUGAUGCAAUUCUCGAAUGUUUCUUCAGCAAAAUCAAAUCAUGUUUCAAAUUUCACAGUGGACUCCACUCGUGUUGCCGAUUCCGUGCCAAAUACAAUCUCCGUAAACGGCUGUACUCCAUUGCAAGUAGACCAGGCAAAUGAUUCGGCUGAUAUUUCAAGUUCUGCAAACGACGUCCUUAACUCAUCAUCCAACUCCAGACGUCUAAAUGUGCUUCAAAAAACGGACGAUGGCCCAUCAGUUACCAUAGUGGUUCCCAGCAUCAUUAAACUUCGCGGUGCUGUAGACGGAGCUGUGCGAACUGCCAGACUAGUGCACAGUUUACACAAACUGCAGCUCUCCACUGAAGUCAUCCAUAAAACCCAUAGUUUGCAGUACCGCAGAGAUGUGUGUUUCUCGCAGGCGCUGACGGCGGCAGUGUCAGGCUUGGUGUCGUGUCUGUGGAGCCGCGUUCCUGACGUGGCUUUCCUGACGGUUCUCCAGCAGCUAGGUCCUCUUCUGCAGUUUGAGGGACUCCUGUCAUGUUACGGCAGCGAUGCGGCGCGGCUAUCGGACAUGGUGGUGGCCGUGGAAGACUUGGCGACGGUGCAGUUCGUGCUGGUGCCGUGCAGCCUUCCUAAGCAGCACGAUAAUGACGCCCAUCCACGUGUUGUUGUUACGGGCAAUAGAUGUGGGUUGCGUGUGUUGUUACCUGUACCCGAGUCGCUGUUAUGCUUCUUGUCUGAACAUCACUGCGCUGCGGAGCCUCUUACGUUCAAUGUUACGCCAGUUUUCUUCAACGUCGGUAUUAACGAAGAGGCAACGCUUGCUGGUAGACUGCGGCUGGAGGGACCUCAACAUCGCAACAACUUGGAUUCAUUCCACCGACUGGCCGAGUACCACCACCGCUAUGCCAAACUCGACCUCCCCGCCGACACUACGAGACGCAGCUGCUGCGGAAGCAAUCGGCAAUCAUUGAGCGAACUCAUGGAGCGUCUCUCGAAAGCCGUGCAGUCUUCCAAGAGCAAGAAUACGGAGACGCUGCACCUGGCCGCUGCCGUGACCAGAGUCAUGGGAGGGAUUCGCUUCACGUCGUGCAAGAGCGGCAAGGACAGGACUGGCAUGAGCGUGACGCUGGAGCAAGUGAACCUCCUCACUACAGCCUUCGAUUUAGCGCGCACUGAGCGCCACCAGAGCCUGCAGGCUAUGCGCAGUGACGGGACCCGGAUCCUCAAUUGCAAGAAGAACAUAAGCGUCAAGAAGUUCGCGUUCAACGCGAUGCAGUUAACUAUGUUCCCUCGGGACUACGCACCCCCACCAGGCAGUUACGGCGCAACAGCAACUUGAAUCGCUGGGGAUUCGCCUCGAAUUUAUUACUAUUUUAAUUUUUGAGGAUACGCAGUUGAGUAUCGUGCAGUUCAUUAUAGUCCAGAAGUGAAGGAAAUCUGGAUUGAACAAUCUAGAUAGAAUAUUAUGGCAGAGGCAAAUGGAAUGUUUCUGGUUUGACACGCUGCUGAACACAUGUUACAAGUUAUUUUGCCGGUUGUAAUAAUACUUACGAUUACGUGUUUUCAUCAUGCAAGUCUUGAGCGGAGCAAUGUUCUGGUGUAUUAAGUGCGAAAUAUAGUCAAGUGAUUGCGGAUAGAUUAAGAACAAGAAUUAUUUAUAUAUCUGUUCAAAUAAAACUCAUUUCACGUAA